UUUUUCCCCCUUUUGUUACGUUUUAGUGGCGCACCAUUAGCAAAGUUGACAACUGCUGUCCUCCUCCUCUGCUUCACCUACCCCGAAUUCUUCGUCCUCCUCCAGCUCGAUCCUUCGCUCCCUUUCUCGGUUCCAACAAGCCACCCGCACCUUCCCCACCAACGAUCCCCAAAGCUUCGCAUGCUUUCUUUCGUUGCGGUUGCUUCUCCCCGGACAGGACAGGAGCAGGUGGUGGCCACGGGUGCGCCAUGAUCCGCGAGCUCUUCGCCGUCGCGGCGCGCGCGGCGCUGCAGUGGGCGCUCGCCUCGCUGCUGCUCGCCAACGGCGCCGCCUUCUGUCUCAUCGCCGCCGCCGCCGCGCGCCUCCGCCUCGGUCCGCCCUGCAUCCUCUGCGCCCGCGUCCACCGCCUGCUCUGCUCCUCCCCUGCCUCUGGCGGCGGCCAGGAACGGGACGCCCUGCGCCUCCUCCUCUGCGACGCCCACCUCGUCGCCGCGGCGCCUGCGGAGACGGAGGCGCGCAUUGCUCCUGAUCGCGGCGACGGGGGUGCCGUCUCGGAGAUCCGGACAAUCGGAUUGAAGGCGGAUGAUCCGGACAAGGUUUCAGGCAUGGAGACUCACCGCGUCGUCUCCAUCGGCAGCGAGAUAUGCGAGCAGGACCAAGGUGGCGAGGGACCUCGCGCCACCGACGGCAGCAUCGUCGCAAGAACAAGCAGCACCGACGGCGAUGAACAGCUCAUGUCCAUCUUCGAGGUCGCCCCAAUCGUCGCGCACCAACGGGACGACGACGAUUCCCUACACCACGCGACGACACCGGAGCUGCUGGCCGUCGACGGCGACGAGAGCCUCACCGUCGGACAGCUGGUCUCCGCGCUCCGAGCCCACAGGCGGGAGCUCGACGCGCUGCGCGCGCAGCUCCACGCCGAGCGGCGAGCGACGGCGGAGGCGGAGGAGUACCAGCGGCAGCUGGAGGAGCAGAGCGAACUCGACCGGGAAGCGGCGCGGCUCGCCAUGCAGCUCGUCCACGAGAGCGAGACGGAGAAGCACGGACUACAGCGGCAGCUCGAGGCGUGCAGAGUCAGGGCGCAGCUCAACGAGUCCGAGUCCGCUGCCACGGACGCCGGCGGGGAGGCGAACGGGGGCGGCGGCAACAACUACCAAUCUCUGGUGGACUUCUUGCCGGGAUCGGUCUACUCCUCUUCCCCGGACCUGGCCAACCUCCUAAAGCUCUACACUGAAGCCGGCAAUACUGGCGGUCGCCGUCAGAGGGAUGAUUACAAGGUGUCGGCCAUCGCGGUGGUCGCCGAGGAAGCAGAGGAGGAGGAGGUCGCUGUCACUGAAUCCAGCGGGACUGUUGAUGCUACCACCGCCGUUGUUGCUGAAUCUUUGCAUGAAACAGUUACCGAAACCGCUUAAUUCGUCCCGACAUCACUGCCACCAUAGGGAAAGAAACAGACAAUGCAGAAGUAGACAGAUUUUUCUUGUGUAUAUUGCAUCUUUUCUUUCUUUCCGUUUUAUCGCAUACAAAGCUUGAAAGUGUGAUGUGUAUGUAAAUUUGUGUAUAUAUAUAUAUAUUCAUAUCUGUAAAUCGUUUGUCAGUCAAGGUGUGAAGGAUAAGAAAUUUGAAUUUUGAAGUUAA